GCCAACGCUCCGCGUUAAGACUUCGACUGCGCGGGGGAUUCGAAUCGGCGGCUUCGGAGUGAGUGCCACUGGAGUGGCGGCGGCUGGUUCGGUGUUUCGCCGCGCCGCGCUUUCUCUCGUCAUGGAAGAUGUCUUUCGCACAUUUGAAGCCCAUAUGCAAAGCUACCAGGGCAAUGACCCACUUGGGGAAUGGGAAAGCUUUAUAAAGUGGGUAGAAGAAAAUUUUCCUGACAAUAAAGAAUACUUGAUAACAUUAUUGCAACAGCUAAUGAAGGAAUUUUUAGAUGAGAAGAGGUACCACAAUGACUCAAGAUUCAUCAAUUAUUGUUUAAAAUUUGCUGAGUACAACAGUGAUCUUCAUCAGUUUUUUGAGUUUCUGUAUAACCAGGGAAUUGGAACCAAGUCAUCUCCUCUCUAUAUAGCCUGGGCGGGCUAUCUGGAAGCCCAGGGAGCGCUGCAGCACGCCAGUGCUGUUUUUCAGAGAGGAAUUCAAAACCAGGCUGAGCCUAAAGAACUAAUAGAGCAACGAUACAGUCUAUUCCAGGCACGUCUUACUAGAACCCAUUUGCCAGCUCAAGCUGCAACCUCAGAACCUCUGCAUAGUGCACAGAUUGUAAACCAAGUCAUGACCACAAAGUCAAGUCCAGGAAAAAACUCACCCUGUGUUCCUAAGAGUCUGGGCCCAGAAUGUUCUGGUGUGACACCAUCCUCUUGUGAUAACAGUAAGGAACAAAGAGUGAUCGUGAUUUCCAAAUCAGAGUGCUCUGUCAGCUCAUCUGUGGCACCCACGGCUAACACUCAGCAGGUUGUUAUGUACUGCAAGGAAAAGCUUAUUCGUGGGGAUUCAGAAUUUUCCUUUGAAGAACUAAGAGCCCAGAAAUACAAUCAACGGAGGAAACAUGAACAGUGGGUUAGUGAAGACAGACAUUAUAUGAAAAGGAAAGAAGCCGGUGCCUUUGAAGAGCAACUGUUAAAACAGAAAAUGGAUGAACUUCACAAGAAAUUGCAUCAGGUGGUGGAGUUGUCUCACAAGGACCUGCCUGCUUCCCAGAACAGGCCUGACGUUAAUCCAGUAUGCAUGGGACCAAAUACAUGCUCCCAGCAGGAACUGAGGGUUCCAAGUCUUCCAUCCAUCAAUCAGCAGACCUCAGAGAACUCAGGACAGAAACCACAGAAUGCACCUUCGGUUCCUCAUGUGGUAAAUACUGUUAACAGUGCUUUGAUGAUCCCAGCUGCCAGCCAGCCAGCUCUUCCUGUUCCUGGAAGUGGCCAGUCAGUGACAGAUUCCAGGUGUGUAAGUCAAAGUAUUCAUGAAUUCAUGCCACAGAGUGGACCAGAAACAAAAGAAGUGUGUGAAACAAAUAAGGUUGCCAGCAUUAAUUCUUUUCACACAACUCCAAACACAUCAUUGGGAAUGGUUCAAGCAACACCAUCCAAAGUGCAGCCAUCACCAACUGUGCACACCAAGGAAGCAUUAGGUUUCAUCAUGAAUAUAUUUCAGGCUCCAACACUUCCUGAUAUUUCUGAUGAUAAAGAAGAGUGGCCUUCUCUAGAUCAAAAUGAAGAUGCAUUUGAAGCCCAGUUUCAAAAAAAUGCCGUAUCCUCUGGAGCUUGGGGAGUUAAUAAGAUGUCUUUGCCAUCUGCUUUUCCUAUUUUUGAAGAUGGAAACAAAGAAAAUUAUGGCUUACCACAGGCUAAAAAUAAGCCCACAGGAGCCAGGACCUUUGGAGAACGCUCUGUUAGCAAAUUUCCUUCAACAUCAAAUGAAGUGCCUCACACUGAUGAGCUUGUGGGCGAUUCAGCAGAAUGCAGUACUCGCUUCAACAAAACCCUGGCUCCCAGUUCUAAAACUACAGGAGAUUUUACAUCUGCUACCCUGCCUUCAUCUACACCAUUCCACAGAUUUCUAGCAAAUUCAGUGCAGAGUCCAGAAGAUAAAGAAAAUAUGGUAGCUACACAGUAUACACAUGUGACUUUGGAUUCUUGUAAAGAAAAUGUGGACCUCUCAAAGGACAGAAAGCUUGGUCCAACUCAAGAGAAAUUUUCAGCAUCUUUAGAUUAUCCUAGCCAGCCUGCCGCAGGUGGUGUGUUCACUCAGGACGCAGUGUUUGGACUUGAGACUUAUAAAUGCACAAGCACUGACCUUGUGACCAUGGAGGACCUACCAGACGCCAGCACUGGACUCCAAGUUGAAUGGAUGCAGACUAGUUCACUUGGGAACGUCAAUGCUCCAAACUUUACUAUUGAGAACCCAUGGGAUGACGAAUUGAUUCUUAAACUUCUGUCUGGGCUUUCUAAACCAGUGAGUUGCUAUUCAAAUACUUUUGAGUGGCAGUGUAAACUUCCAGCCAUCAAGCCCAAGACAGAAUUCCAAUUGGGUUCUUUCCUAAUCUAUGUGACUCACCUUCUUGGAGAAGGGGCCUUUGCCCAAGUCUAUGAAGCUGUUCAUGGAGAUGAGAAUGAUACCAGAAGUAAACAGAAAUGUGUUUUGAAGGUUCAGAGACCUGCCAAUUCCUGGGAAUUCUACAUUGGGAUGCAGCUGAUGGAGAGACUAAAGCCAGAAGUGCAUCACAUGUUCAUCAAGUUUUAUUCUGCUCACUUAUUCCAAAAUGGCAGCAUAUUAAUAGGGGAGCUCUAUAGCUAUGGGACAUUACUAAAUGCCAUUAACCUCUAUAAAAACACCCCUGAAAAAGUGAUGCCCCAGGCUCUCGUCAUCACCUUCGCUAUCAGAAUGCUUUACAUGAUUGAACAAGUCCACAGCUGCGAAAUCAUUCAUGGAGACAUUAAGCCAGAUAACUUCAUACUAGGACACACAUUUUUAGAACAGAAUAAUGAAGAUUUAGCUACUGGCUUGGCACUGAUUGACCUGGGUCAGAGUAUAGAUAUGAAACUUUUCCCUAAAGGAACUGCAUUUACAGGAAAAUGUGAAACAUCUGGUUUUCAGUGUCCUGAGAUGCUCAGUAACAAGCCUUGGAACUACCAGAUUGAUUACUAUGGAGUUGCUGCAACAGUGUACUGUAUGCUCUUUGGGACGUACAUGAAAGUCAAAAAUGAAGGAGGAGUCUGGAAACCUGCAGGUCUUUUUAGAAGGCUUCCUCAUUUGGAUAUGUGGGAGGAAUUCUUUCAUGUCAUGUUGAAUAUACCAGAUUGUUAUCAUCUGCCAUCUUUGGGUUUGUUGAGACAAAAACUGAAGAUAUUAUUUGAACAACAGUAUUCCAACAAGAUUAAGACCCUACGUAAUCGGCUAAUUGUGCUGCUCUCAGAAUAUAAGCGGUUGAGAAAAUAAAAUAUGGAUAUGGACCUUAUCCAAAAACACUUUGUAAAUUUAAACUCCCUCCCACAUUGAAUCCUGUUUUUUUCACACUUUUAUUUAUGUAUGUUCAAAAAAAUAAAGUCCAUAAGAUACA